AUCAGAAUCCCCUCUUGCAAAAAAGAACAAAUAUUAAUUUUUAUCCAUCCAGCACCAAGUUUGCAUACAAAUGAGAAUAAAAACCAGAAAUAGAUGAAUUGGUUUUUAUCGUUGACUUGAAUUUUAAAUUCUCGAAACAAAUGCUUCUGUUGUUGUGCUUGAUGCUGUGUGUGUGUGAAGGAAAGAGUAAAGUCGAGCUUUGAACGUUGUUCCCGCCACCUUCGUCUCACGCGCAGUUUCUAGCAUCUGUAUGUGUGAUGACUUUUAUCGGUCACAUCAACCAUCACAACAGGAGCUAAAAUUUUUCUCUCUCUGAACAAAUAUUUGUUUUCAAACAAAUUGACAAACUUAAAAGUGAACAACCGGACAAUUUUUCAAUAAUGGACGAGGCAAGUGACAUGACAUGGGAAGAGUUGGAAGAAGGCGAACAUCCUCUUCGAUUCUGGGAGAGGAUGGAUUACUGGAGUGAAAUGGAAAGAGCACGUCAUCGUCAACAAAUUGACUUGACUCCCUAUCCCUCCACGGUCACCGGAGCCACAAGUUGUACAGGAGGGAGAACAUGUCGAGGUCGGUGAAGGACAUCAAGUUGAUGACGAAGACAGGAGCGCAUCUGGUCGUCCUCCCAAAAGGAAAAGUUUCAAGGGUCGAUCCGACUCUUACGCCCGACAAAUGGCUGUGGCGGCUGUGCCUGAAGAUGUGAUGGCGAUAGUUCCGAUCGACGCGGCUCGAUUGUACUCCCCUAAUGAGGCCUUGGAUCGCAUACGAAUUAGUUUUUUGGCCUGGAUUAACAAUCUGAAGAAGAAGGAUGACGACGGUGUGGAAUCCUGGAUGGAUAGGGCCCAGUAUAGGAGGUCAAACUACAGCUGGUCAAGGAAUAAGAAUACUGGAAAAUAUUGCUACUUCAUUGCAACUCCAACCGUUAAACGCCCUGAUAUGCGAGGAACAUUGGGUUCAAGGUUUAUGACUGAGUGGUUAAAGGAGAUGUCCGCGCUGAGGCGAGAAUAUAUUCAAUGGAGGAGCCAGUUGGAAAGUGUCCGUGAGGUUAGCAGGGUCGCCAUGUCAAAACAACGAAAAACCAAUCCUCGUCAUGCAACGAGCUAUUUGCUGGAAAUCCGCGAGCUGGACCCUGGCAUCAUCCGGUCCUAUGUGUCAGGGACCCUUUCGUGGGAAGAAAUUACCCGAUAUCCGGCCAUAAAAAUCUGGAGGUAUCCAGGUGUAACGGAGUCAAUUAAUGCACAAUUAUCGGCAAGAGGACACCAUUUUGUCGCAGACCCUACUAUAGCAAAAUCUCUGGUUCACGACAAAAUGCGAGAAAUCGGAACCGACAAUUGCAUUUGUAUCGAAGUAUACGCCCACCUCUGUGAUAGUAUGUAUACGGCUCAGCUGGGCGAAUCUUACACCAUGACGUAUGCUUCGAAGUACAACGAAUUGAAAAAGGCAGGACAUAUCAUCAGCAACAUUGAGUACAUCAUUUCUCGUCCCGAUGCGGCCCUAAAAACUAAGCUGAUUCCUGUUGCUGAGAAGGACGCCAUCGAUGGAAAACAGCUGUACGAGAUUGUUCCGCCCACGGACCUGCGUCACCCUCCUCACCAUGCAAACGACAAGGAGAUUCGACAACUGCCCUAUAAAAUUUACCAAUCAUCAAUGAUUGAAAAAUUCAUUACAGGAACGCGUGGAGACCAGCAAAACGUUUGGCCGCAUGUGUAUGACGCUGAGCGUGACCUGCCCCGUAUCACGCUUUAGAGUUUUGUAUGUAUUGUUUAUUUAUUCUAUUGUAUUAAUCUUUGUUUCUUAUUUUUCCUGACAUAGUUGUCAGUCGAUAUUUUUUUAUUUAUGAGACAUGAACUUAUUAGUGAAUUACAUGACGUGUAAUAAAAAUGUGACGUGUAAUAGAAUUUUAUUUUAUUACACGUUUUAUACAAAGGCAAUAAUACGCCGGAUCCACAUUCAAUUCCCUUCUCAUCUUUAAAGACUUUUGCACCUGCACUGCCGCCACAAGCAGCAGCAGCAGCGUCAGACAGCAACUUUUUUGAGGGCUGAACUUUACCAAUUUCAGAUCAGGCAUUGAAUCGAAGGCUGCUGUUGGUGUGGUCUGGAUAGAUAAAUGUUUCCUAUUCACUACAAUUUAUUUUACUUUUACUUUUCCAAUGGAUAUUUCUUCUGGUGUUGCCUUCCUUCCUUGCCUCCUCGGAUUGUGUAAUGAGAAUGGGAGAGAACAGACAAAGUAAACUAUUGUGUAGAAUUCUUUUCCUCCGAACAAUUUACAUAAGAAAUUCGUUCUCUUUUUUUAAAGCUUCAUUUUUCUAACAACAAAGAAAAAGAUCGAUUUUACUCUUACUACACUGUACUCGUGCUUGCAUACUUACUCCACUUCUUUGCUCUUUCACAGUGUCAUACUCAUCCUCAGAGAAAGCUUAUAUACUUUUACUACUACCACCAAGUUGAGAAAGUUGAUUUUUCUCAAUUCUUCUCCCUCCUCCCUGGAAUCUAAACUUGUAUUAUGCAGAAGAAAAAACUAUUGAAU